ACGAAACCAAGAACGAAACGACAUGGGAACGCGAAAAUGAAAAUAUAAAAUUAUAAAUAAUUUAUGAAAUAAUUAUAAAACAUGUUUUUCCAUAGACAAGAGACAUACUAAAUAUUUCUCCGAAGCAAGAAGGGAAGUCAAAAUAAAAGGAGAGACAGUGCAGAUUUUCACAAUUAAAUAAAUAAUAUUAAAAAUCCAUAUGUGAUGUUUUGGAAUUUGGAAUGUGAACAUCGUUAAAAUAGAUGGAUUUGAUUCCGUCAGAGUUGCUACCUAUUAAAUGUUAACAUUCUCAACUUUUGGUAAAUAUGGAUAUAGUAUUAAAUUUUCUAAUAGAAUUCCACACUGUUUGGCUGCAACAGCCAAUGAGUCGUUUGGAUUAUCCGGAAAGGGAACAUUAUUUAUUCUACAAAUUCAAGAAGGAAUAUCAAUUGACAUUUUAAACAUAAAAUAUUGGCACGAAUCUCUCUUUGAUGUGGCAUGGUCUGAAUCACUGCCUAAUAAUUUAAUAACUGGUGCAGGUGAUGGUCAUUUACAACUAUGGGAUAUUUAUAACAAAGAUACACCUACAGCAGAAUAUUCAGGACAUAAACGUGAAAUUUCUUCAGUCAGGUGGUCAAAAUAUCGAGAUCAAUUUAUAAGUACUUCUUGGGAUUCAAGUAUAAAAGUAUGGGAUUUAAAUCGAAGUAGCUCUGUGAACACAUUUUAUGAUAAUUGCAAUAUAAUCCAUUGUGUAUGUUAUUCAAAGUGCUCCGAAGAUUUGUUUGCAACAGUAUCUGAAAAUGGUAAUUUAAAGAUAUGGAAUUCAUUAAUGCCAAUGCCAGCAUGCACUUUAAAAGCUCACGAUACACAAGCUUUGUAUUGUGAUUGGAAUUCAUUUAGUCGACACCUCAUAGCUACUUGUGGUAGUGAUGGACUUGUCAGAGGAUGGGACAUAAGAUAUUAUACUCAACCAGUUUUUCAAAUGAAGGAUAGCAAUGUUCCAACGAAAGUGUUACACUUCUCUCCUCAUUAUUCAAAUAUUCUAGCUACAGGUAGUUUUGAUUUUUCAACAAAAAUUUGGAACAUUAAUGACAACUUACAACCUCUAGAAAUUUCACAACAUCAUUCUGAGUUUAUUCAUGGUUUAGAUUGGAAUGUGCAUAGAAAAGGGGAGAUUGCUGCUUGUAGUUGGGAUAAAUGUAUUUCUGUUUUUACACCAACUGCGCUUAGAAAUUUAAGACACAAACUUUAGAAUAUGUUGUCAAUAAGUUGUAAUACGGUAUUUUUAUUAAAAAUAUAAAAAUAUGGUACUUAA